AUGUCUCGUAUACGAAAUCGCAAAGGGGAGAACUCUCGAAGACGGAAGCGUACUCUAAUUAAAAAGGCCCAUGAGUAUGGAGAGCUAAGCGGCGCUGAUAUAGCAUUCUUUAUAUACAAGUCUGGGCAUUGGUUUACAUACAGAUCUACUAACCGACAGUCAUUUCCUCCAUCAUGGGAUGAGAUCGUAAGUUUCCAAAUGUCAUAUCCACUCCCGGUAAAUCUGCUGCCUCAGGAUUUCAACGUCAAGAGCAAGCUUGUUCUACCAUGUGCCAAAUAG